AUUAAAAAAGCAGACAGGAUUUUUGGUCGAUGGUGUGUUUUCAGCUCCUGCUCUAGUUGUUGCUUUCCUUCCACAGCAAUAGCUGGCUGAAUGAGAGAGAGAGAGAGAGAGAGAGAGAGAGAGAGAGAGAGAGAGAGAGAGUUAUGGGAGUUCUUGGCUUCUGAUUCUUGAGUGUGUUGGUGUUGAGAGAGAGAGAAUGAUGGGAGUUCUUUGUUUUUUUAUUCUUGGGUGUGUUGGUUGAAUGAUGGGAGUUCUUGGUUUUUGAUUCUUGGGUGUGUUGGUUGAGAGAGAGAGAGAGAGAGAGAGAGAGAGAGAGAGAGAGAGAGAGGAAUAAGAAGAAGAUGAGGAAAGCAUUUCUUCUGUGCUGGCUCUUGUUUCCGUGGAUUCUUUCCAACCAUUCCUGCAAUUCCAGCAGCGUCUCGCUCCAACUGAAUGAUGACGUCUUGGGGCUGAUCGUCUUCAAAUCAGGCCUUCAAGAUCCCACUUCUGCUCUCACAUCAUGGAACGAAGACGACAACACGCCUUGCUCGUGGGCCCAUGUACAAUGUGACCCCGUCAAUGGCCGCGUCUCCCAAAUCUCCCUCGACGGCUUGGGCUUGUCGGGAAAGAUCGGAAGAGGCCUAGAAAAGUUGCAGAAUCUUCAGGUCUUGUCUCUCUCCCACAACAAUUUCUCUGGAAAUGUCAUCCCUCAGCUUUCACUCUUCCCCAGCCUCAAAAGGCUGAAUCUGAGCCACAACAGUCUCUUCGGGAGGAUUCCUGUUGAUUUAGGCAACAUAACCUCCACCAUCAGAGUCCUCGAUCUUUCGGAGAAUUCUCUCUCCGGGCCGAUUCCAGAGCAACUGUUCAACAACUGCCUUUCUCUUAGAUUCAUCUCUUUGGGAGGAAAUUCCUUGGAAGGGCCUGUUCCUCACACAUUGCAGAAAUGUAUGUCCUUGGGCAGCCUUAAUCUGUCAGAUAAUCAUCUAUCAGGCAAUCCCGAUUUCACUAAUGUGAUCUGGCAGUUGAAGGAGCUUAGGAUCUUGGAUCUUUCACACAAUACAUUCUCUGGCCCAAUUCCAGAAGGACUCCUGGCCAUACACAACUUGAAAGAAUUCUACUUGCAGGGAAAUCAGUUCUCAGGACCGUUGCCAUCAGAUAUUGGAUUGUGCCUGCACAUGAAGCGCUUCGAUUCUAGCAAUAAUCUGUUGAUGGGAGCUUUGCCCGACUCGCUUCAGCAGAUUAAUUCACUGGAAUUCAUCAGCUUAUCCAAUAAUGGUUUCAUAGGCGAUUUCCCCUAUUGGAUCGGAAACAUGAACAGCCUACAAUCGUUGGAUUUUGCAAGAAAUGGAUUCAGUGGGGCCCUCCCAUCGUCGAUGGGUGAUCUGAAAUCACUGAAUUCUUUGAUCUUAUCGCAUAACAGACUGGUUGGAGAGAUCCCUGGAACACUGGUUUACUGUACCCAGCUCUCCAAAAUCAAGCUAAACGGAAAUAGCUUGAAUGGAAGCAUUCCACCAGGACUGUUUGAUCUUGGAUUGGAGGAGGUCGACCUGUCAUCAAAUGAAUUCAGUGGUUCUAUUCCUCCUGGUUCAUCCCGGCUGUUCGAGUCCCUCCAAUCGUUGGAUCUCUCAAAAAACAAGCUCACGGGCGUGAUCCCUCCCGAGGUGGGCCUCUAUUUCCACUUGAGAUACUUGAAUUUAUCUUGGAACAAUCUGCAAUCGAGGUUCCCCCCGGAGCUUGGAUAUUUCAGAAACCUGUCGGUGUUGGAUCUCCGUAGCAGCUUGCUGUACGGGUCAAUCCCGGAGGAUUUAUGCGACUCCAACAGCCUCUCUGUCCUGCAAUUGGAUGGGAAUUCGUUAAGCGGCCCAAUCCCAGCUGAGAUUGGAAACUGCUCCAGUCUCUACUUACUGACCUUGUCUCACAACAGCUUGAAUGGUCCAAUUCCAAUGGCAAUGUCAAGGCUACAGAAGCUCAAGAUUCUCAACUUGGAAUUCAACAGCUUGAGUGGAGAGAUACCACAACAGUUGGGUAGCUUGGAUAACCUUCUUGCAGUGAAUAUUUCCUAUAACAGGCUUGUAGGGAGACUCCCCAACGGCGGUGUAUUUCCAAGCUUGGACCAAAGCGCAUUACAGGGGAAUCUAGGCCUUUGUUCCCCCCUCUUGAAAGGACCCUGCAAGAUGAACGUCCCAAAGCCAUUAGUCCUCAACCCCGAUGCUUAUGGCCUCAGAAAUGGCGGUCAUGAAAUUGGUACUUCUGAUUCCAUGAGAGUCAGGCACAGUAAAAGAUUCCUCAGCAUUUCUGCAAUUGUUGCGAUCUCUGCCGCUGUUCUGAUAGUUAUUGGAGUUGUGGUGGUGAGCCUGCUGAACGUUUCUGCUCGGAGGAGGAUAGCGUUCAUCGAUCAUGCCAUGGAUAGCAUGUUCUCGAGUUCUUCGAGAUCAAGGGGUCCCGCAUUGGGGAGGCUUGUCCUCUUCCAUCCCAAUAACGAUUUCAGAUGUGAAGAUUGGGUCGAUAAUGCGGAAAUCCUACUGAACAAGGCUACUGAGAUAGGGAAAGGAGUGUUUGGAACUGUUUACAAAGCGUCCAUCGGAGGUGGGAGGAUCGUGGCCAUUAAGAAGCUGAUAACCUCUAACAUAAUCCAAUAUCAUGACGAUUUCGAUAGAGAAGUUCGAAUUCUGGGGAACGCAAGGCACCCGAAUCUGAUGACAGUGCAGGGCUACUACUGGACUCCUCAGUUCCAGCUCUUGAUAUCUGACUAUGCUUCCAAUGGAAGUUUGCAUGCCAGACUUCAUGAAAGAUCAUCAUCUACACCUCCUCUUACAUGGGCUAACCGUUUCAAGAUUGCGCUCGGCACAGCAAAGGGGCUUGCUCAUCUGCACCAAUCGUUCCGUCCUCCUAUCAUACACUACAACCUCAAGCCGAGCAAUAUCCUUCUUGAUAAGAACUGCAACCCAAAGAUCUCAGACUUUGGAUUGGCAAGACUCCUACCAAAGCUCGACAAGCAUGUGCUUAAUAGCCGGUUUCAGACUGCGCUAGGCUAUGUCGCACCAGAACUAGCGUGCCAGAGCCUGAGGAUCAACGAGAAAUGUGACAUCUACGGUUUUGGGGUGAUGAUUCUCGAGCUAGUGACAGGAAGGAAGCCGGUGCAGUAUGGAGACGACGACGUCGUCGUGCUGUGCGACCAUGUGAAGGUGAUGCUGGACCAAGGUAAUGUGUUGGAUUGUGUGGAUCCAAGCAUGACUGAGUACCCUGAGGAAGAGGUGUUGCCUGUUCUGAAAUUGGGUUUGGUUUGUACAUCCCAGAUACCCUCUAGCAGGCCAUCUAUGCCAGAAGUAGUUCAGAUACUACAGGUUAUCAAGACACCAAUUCCAGAGAGGAUGGAAGCUUUCUGAAAAAAACAACCUCCCAUGCAAAAUUAUCAUUGCUUUCUCAAUUGGGAGAAAGAUCAUUUGAGGAAAAAAGGGCAGACAUUGUAUCUGUUGUGUGCAUCUGUUCUUCUUCAUGUAACAAGCUUUUCAAUUGAUUGUUAUUGUCAGUUGGGGUUUCAUGUUCCCAUUCA